GGAGGUGACGUCACGGCGAGUAUUCCCCGCCCAUCUCCGGCACAAGCAGCGGAAGUUCCGUUGUGACCUGGGAUAGCAAGCGCACCCUUCCAGUGUAUGUGUGGCAACAACAUGUCUGUGCCGCUGCUCGCCGAGGCUGUGACCGUGUCUGGGACGGAGAAGGAGACCGCUGCGGUGAUCUUCCUUCAUGGUCUGGGUGAUACUGGGCAUGGCUGGGCUGAUGCCAUGACAUCCAUUAGGCUGCCCUACAUAAAGUACAUCUGCCCACAUGCACCCAGAAUCCCGGUUACACUCAAUAUGAAAAUGACCAUGCCCUCAUGGUUUGACCUGAUGGGUCUAACCCCAGAAGCUCCAGAGGAUGAGGCCGGCAUUAAGAGAGCAGCAGAAAACAUCAAGGCCAUUAUUGACCACGAGGCAAAAAAUGGUAUACCUCCUAAUCGUAUCCUCCUUGGCGGAUUCUCUCAGGGUGGAGCUCUAUCACUGUACACCGCUCUCACCUGUCAGCAGAAGCUAGCGGGUGUAGUCGCUCUAAGCUGUUGGUUACCACUUCAUAAGACCUUUCCACAGGCAGCGAGUGGCAGCGCGAACAAGGAUAUCCCCAUUCUGCAGUGUCAUGGUGAGAUGGACCCAAUGAUUCCACCACAAUUUGGGGCCAUGACAGCCGAGAAGCUUAAGACCAUUGUGUCCCCACAGAAAGUCACCUUCCGCACCUACCCAGGCCUCAUGCACAGCUCCUGCCCUCAGGAGAUGUCCGCCGUGAAGGAAUUCAUUGAGAAGCAGUUGCCCCGAAUCUGACCUUACUGUGACCCUUAGUCAACGACCUCUCACCUCUGACCUGCCAUUCUCCCACAGGAAACAGCCAUAAGCAUCCCCUAUCACACACACAUUCAUUCACACAUGCAGACAGAGGCAUACACAUCUCUCUGUACAAAAUGUGAAGACGUUGUACCUACCUUGAGACCUACAUUGGUGUCUCAUGCCUUGCUUUGUAAAUUCCUAUACAAUUGAUGGACAGUAAUUUGAGAUUAUGUGUCAUUGUACAUGAUGUAAUGUUCAGUGCACACAAAUACAUGGUCAACACAUUUACUCAGUAGUACCCCACCAUAUUUGGGAGAAUCGCUGCCUUUCAUUAUACAUUCCCAUCAACACUGAAAUGUUAACCCAUUUCUCUGCACAUUUUUAGCCUCUCUCUCUCUCUCUCUCUCUCUCUCUUCCUCUCUCUCUCUCUCUCUCUCUCCCUCCCUCCCUCUCGCACGUGCUUUAUGAUGAGAGCAUUGUUCUGCUACACUGUAACUGCUGCCGUCUGGAGUGACUCAUGCCACACUGCACUGCAUGCUGCUCUCAGUCCAUGAUGGCAGGGAAAGAGGAGGAGCGCCAUGCUACCUCCUGGUGCUCUGGUUUACGCUGAAUAUUUUCUUUUGGGUUUGAUACAAUUGAAAUGAAACCUAACGAAACUGCUGAAAUAAACCAAAUGAAUGAACCAUG